UGCAUUUGUGGCAACCCAAGUUAUCCCCUCCACCAUUUCUCGAAGCACCCUCUCUUCCUCCUCAUCUCUGAUCACCAUAUCACUGAUUCUAUACCUACCCACUCGAUUAGGCAGCUAAUUAAUUACUAUUAUAUCCCUAACAUGGCAAGCAGUUUGACAUUGGAGAAGUCAACAUCGAGUUUUGGAGUAACAGACUACGCCAUGCGGGAGGGCGGAGGCAGCAGCCACGUGCAUGUAAUCCCACCACUUCACAAUUUCACAUCCUAUUUUUUACUCUCUAUUUUGGCAUCUGGACGACAAAAGCAUCCUCAUGUGUUCAUUUUCUCUUCAUCGUUACUGUGGCCCACGUCACCAUUUUGGUGUAACAUAAGAUAUGGUAGUGCCAUACUCUUCAAUUCACCUCCACACAUUCCCUUUCUGUUGUGUCUCUGGCAAUGGAACAUAUCUCAGAAAUGGAAAAUGCCAUAGAAGAGUCCCUUCUGAGCAAGAAGAAUUCCAAUGCCAAGGGUGGUUUCAGAACAUUACCUUUCAUCAUAGCAAAUGAGGCCUUUGAGAGACUGGCUAGCCUUGGGCUAAUGCCUAACAUGAUAUUGUACUUGACAAGACAGUAUGGCAUGCAAACUGCAGGAGCCACCAAUUUUCUCCUACUAUGGUCUGCUGUCUCAAAUCUCACCCCAUUCAUCGGUGCUGUCCUUGCAGACUCCUAUGUGGGUCGAUAUUCCAUGAUCGCUUUUGGGUCUGUUGCAAGCCUACUGGGGAUGAUUCUUCUAUGGUUAACAACUUUGAUUCCUAUGUCAAAGCCACUUUGUGAGGGAUUUUUAACCGACAGCUGCAAUAACUCUCCUACAACAAUUCAAUUUUUGAUAUUGCAUUCUUCAUUUGCCCUAAUGUCUGUUGGAGCUGGAGGCAUAAGAUCAUCCUCCUUGGCCUUUGGUGUUGAUCAGUUGACCAAGAGGGACAAAGAUGCGGGAAUCCAAGAGAGCUACUUCAGCUGGUACUAUGCUGCUGUUUCAAUGUCAUCACUGAUAGGUUUAACUGUUGUUGUCUAUAUUCAAGAUUACAUGGGGUGGGCAGUGGGAUUUGGAAUUCCCGUUAUCCUAAUGUUAAUAGCGACAGUAUCAUUUUUCUUAGCUUCUCGGUUUUAUGUAAUGGCGGAGGUUAAAAGGAACAUGCUAAGUGGUAUAGCACAGGUACUUGUUGCCUCUUACAAAAACAGAUUUCUUCAGUUAUCCCAGGAGACCGAGAAUGGCACAUACCACCAAGAGAAGGGUUCUGAUCUCCUAAUGCCAACUGAAAACUUAAGGUUUCUGAACAAAGCAUGCAUAGUUAGAAAUCCCUCACAAGAUUUAACACCAGAGGGAAGAGCUAGGAAUCCAUGGAAUCUUUGCACAGUGGAGCAAGUGGAAGAGCUGAAGGCACUAGUCAAGGUAGUUCCAAUAUGGUCAACAGGAAUCAUGAUGGGUGUGAACAUGAGUCAAGGUUCCUUUCUGGUACUAGAGGCAUCUUCCAUGAACCGCCACAUCACUCCAAAUUUUGAAAUUCCUGCAGGCUCCUUUGUGUCAUUUAUGAUUGUAUCUCUGAUUCUCUGGGUUAUAAUCUAUGACCGCAUUUUAGUCCCUGUGGUAUCAAAGAUAAGAGGGUACCCAGCAAAGUUAGGAGCAAAGAAAAAGAUAGGAGUUGGUCAUUUUACUAGCUGCCUAUCAAUUGCAUCCCUUGUAAUUGUAGAGAGCAUUAGAAGAAAAAUUGCCAUUGAGCAAGGCUACUCAGAUCAACCAGAAGCUGUGGUGAACAUGUCUGCUUUGUGGCUUUUGCCUCGCCAAAUCCUUAAUGGAUUGGCUGAGUGCUCAAAUGUAAUAGGACAGAAUGAGUUUUUCCUCACUGAGCUACCUUCAUCUAUGGCUAGUAUUGCUUCCAGUCUUAAUGGCCUUGGAUUUUCUCUUGCAAGUUUGGUAGCAAGUUUCAUUCUGAGUGUUGUGGACAGGGUUAGUGGAGGCGGAGGACAUGAGAGUUGGAUUUCAAGCAACAUUAACAAGGGUCAUUAUGACAGCUACUAUUGUUUAAUCUGUGCUUUGAGCUUUCUAAAUUUUAUAUAUUUUAUCUAUUGUAGUAAAUCUUAUGGUCCUUGUAAGGAUAGUAGAAAAUAGAACUUUAGAUCUUAUUUGGUAUAGGACUGGUAGAGGAAAAUAUUCUGCCUUAGAGGGAUAGACAGAAAUGAUGAUAGUAGCUGAUAAGAUUGGUAGCGAGUCUAUACCAUGGGCAGAGUAUUUGUUUUGUAGGUUCUUGAUGUUGUAAAAGAACGUAAUAACUGCUUACUGCAUGUUUUCACAAUGAAUUAUAGUGUUUGUUA